ACAAUAAUAAACCAGAAGAAGAAGGUGGUAGUGGUGGUGCUCAUGGCGAUGGUAGUUUCCCAGUAGAAAGUGAGAGAGAAAGAAAUCGACAGAGAAAAAGAAUCAGAAGACAGAUCACUCCAGUCCAACACGACACUCUCUCUCUCUGAUUCACUUAGUUUCGUUCAAAGAGACGAGAAUAACAUUAACAGCCCACCUUGUUCUCUAACGACAUGCAAAACUAAUCGUCGUUUCAUCUAACUACCCAAAAGGUACUCUUCUUGCGAGGAUAGCUUGUUGGGCGUUAUGUAUCAGAUGAAUAAGAAAGAUUCCACUUUGCCUUACCUGAACACUAGCAUCUCAUGGGGUGGUGUGAUUCCAACGGAUCCCCUUGGCUUGAAAGUGGGGGAUGCAAGGCCUCAACAUAUGCAAAGCGCAAAGCAAAUCAGUUUUCAGGAUCUGGAUUCACCUUCAUCUCAGUCCACUGGUCAGUCUUACGCUGAAGUUGUGAGCAGUGGGGAUGAUAAUCCUUCCAAACAAUUCUCAUUUUCAAUAAUAUCAGGAUCUGAAGAAACUCAGCAGAAAGGAUUUGCAACUCAUCCUAACUUAGCCUCAAUGACAGGAGUCCCAAGUAUUCACUUUGCUCCUACGCAGGCUAACUUCUCCUUUCAAUAUGCUGAUCCACGUAUUGGUGGUUUAUUGGCUGCAACUUAUCUACCACAGGGACCGACAUGCAAUCCCCAAACGGUGGGUGGUAUGGUUCCAGGUCGAGUUCCACUACCAGUGGAGAUCACGGAAACUGAGCCAGUCUUUGUCAAUGCGAAGCAAUACCACGCAAUCAUGAGGAGAAGAGAGCAACGUGCCAAGCUUGAGGCUCAAAACAAAUUAAUCAAAGCCCGGAAGCCGUAUCUUCAUGAAUCUCGACAUGUUCAUGCUCUGAAAAGGCCAAGAGGAUCCGGUGGAAGAUUCCUAAACACCAAACAACUUCUUCAAGAAUCCGAACACGCUGCUGCUAAAGAACAAGAACGUGACAAGUCGGUCCAUCAGGAAAGGAAAAAGGCAAACACGUCUACAUUCGAAGCUCAUACGCUGCAGCACAACAAAGACCGUGGCUCAACCACUUCUGGCUCAGACAUUACAUCUGCUUCCGACGGUGCUGAUAUAAUCGGACACACUGAAUUCCAGUUUUCUGGUUUCCAAAAAACUCAGACUAACCGAGCUAUGCUUGUUCAUGGUCAGUCAAAUGACAUGCAUGGAGGUGGGGACUUGCACCAUUUCUCUGUCCAUAUCUGAGACAUUGGAUCUUUGGUGCUGUUUCAUGUUUCCGACCAAAAGGGGAAGUCAUCCUUGGCUACUAUUACUUAGUUCUUUUUACUUGUUGCUUGUUAGUGUGUUAGACAUCACAAAACAAUAAAAAUCUUCACUUUCAAUCUUCGCUUGCAACAUAUUUCUUGUGUUACACUAGUGGUUUGAACUUUCAGUUCCUCUGUUUUUUUCUUCAUGAUUUACUCUUAACGUGUGCUUGUAAAUGAUUCAAUCUCCAGAUUCUGUAUGAAUAUGAUAAAUAAAUAAAACAGAUUCAUCUUCCAA